AUGGCGGACGAGAAAGCCCACUCCGACCCGGCCCCGGCCCCGACUCCGGACGCCGGCGCGGUGCUCUCCGACGGGUCGGCCAAUGCCAUCCUGCGCGACGCCAAAGCCGCAACCGACAAGGAGAGGAACAUGACUCUGUGGCAGGGUAUCAAGCUGUACCCCAAGGCCAUUGCUUGGAGCAUUUUGAUUUCGACGUGUAUUGUUAUGGAGGGCUAUGAUAUCAGUCUGGUGAAUAAUUUCUACGCGUUUGACCAGUUUAAUCGCAAAUAUGGCGAGCAGCUUCCCGACGGAACAUAUCAGGUUCCUGCGAGGUGGCAGGCUGGACUGAGUAAUCCCAAGGGCGCCAACGUUGGCGAAAUCCUCGGCCUCUUCCUCAACGGAAUCGUCUCCGAACGCUUCGGCUACCGCUGGACCGUUCUCACCUGUCUGGCCUGCAUCGCCGGGUUCACGGCCAUCUUCUUCACGGCCCAGAACGUACAGACUUUGCUCGUCGCCGAAAUCCUCUGCGGAAUUCCAUGGGGUAUCUUCCAGACUCUCACCAUCACGUACGCCUCCGAGGUCUGCCCCGUCGCUCUCCGAGGCUAUCUUACCACCUACAUCAACUUCUGCUGGGGUCUCGGACAGGAAAUCGGCAUCGGAGUCAUCAUGUCCAUGUUGGAUCGGAAAGAUGAGUGGGCUUAUCGAAUCCCCUACGCUCUCCAAUGGAUGUGGCCCCUCCCUCUCUUCAUCGGCGUCUGGUUCGCCCCCGAGUCUCCCUGGUGGCUCGUCCGGAGAGGACGUAUCGAAGACGCGAAGAAGUCGCUCUUGAGACUGACCAGCGUCGAUCGGGAGACGGACUUUGAUGCUGAUGAGACGGUGGCCAUGAUGGUGCACACGACGGCGUUGGAGGAAAAGAUCACGGCUGGUGCCUCGUACCUUGACUGCUUCAAGGGAACAGACCUACGAAGAACAGAGGUCGUCUGCAUGGUCUGGGCCAUGCAAAACCUCAGCGGCAACGCCUUCUCCAACUACUCAACCUACUUCCUCGAACAAGCCGGCCUCCCCACCAACAAAGCCUACUCCUUCGCCCUCGGCCAAUACGCAAUCAACAUGGCCGGCGUCUUCGGCGCCUGGUUCCUCAUGACCCUCGGCAUCGGCCGCCGCACCCUCUACCUCUACGGCCUCUCCCUCCUCUGCACCAUGCUCUUCAUCCUCGGCUUCCUCGGUCUCGUGCCCGACGCCCGCCGCGAGCAGGCUUCGCUCGCCACGGGGAGCAUCAUGCUCGUGUGGGCGCUGUGCUACCAGUUGACCGUGGGGACGGUUUGUUAUUCGCUUGUGGGGGAGUUGAGUUCGAGGCGGUUGCAGAUUAAGACGGUGGUUUUGGGGAGGAAUUUAUACAAUAUUGUCGGAAUUUUGAACAGCGUUUUGACACCCUACAUGCUUAACCCCGGGGCAUGGAACUGGAGCAACUAUACCGGCUUCUUCUGGGGCGGAAUCUGUGCCCUUUGCGUCGUCUACACGUACUUCCGCGUCCCCGAGCCCCGCGGCCGCUCCUUCGCCGAGCUCGACGUGCUGUUCGAGCACAAGGUCUCGGCGCGCAAGUUCGACAAGACCGAGGUGGAUGUGUUUGCCGAGAGCGUGGAAGAUGGCGUCAUGGCGGGUUAUAGGGAGACGUUGCAGCGGGAGAGGCGUGGCGGGGAGGAGGGGGUUGAUGAGAAGAAGGUGGUGGGUGAGGUGAGGUUUGAGUAG